CGCACCCCGCAGGCGACGACCUUUUGGAAAUUGCAACUUGGGCCGUCAAUCACCAGCCUUGCUCUGAACGCCAUAAACAGAGGCAGUUGGAUUGUAUUGUUUCGACGCCAAUCGGGCUUCUUUCACCAUGUCUGCCUCUCUGCCGGGAUCGCGAGACCUGCCCUCGUCGCAGUAUGAUUUGUCCACUUACUUUGGACGGGUCAGGCACACGAUAAGCAUCACGGAUCCAAGCACUCUGCUCGCUGGUUCGCAUGGACUCGAAAAUGCCAAAAGACUUGUCACCGAGUAUAAGACGGGAAAGUUGGAGCACAUGACACCCGAGCUUUGGCACGCCAAGAAGAUUGUCGACUCAACUCUUCAUCCAGACACCGGAGAACCAGUGUUUCUGCCCUUUCGAAUGUCAUGCUUCGUCCUUUCGAACUUGAUCGUUACGGCCGGUAUGCUGCAGCCUGGUCUUGGAACAGCAGGCACCGUGGCAUGGCAAGUUGCCAACCAAUCGCUCAACGUUGCCAUCAACAGCUCGAAUGCGAACAAGUCAUCCCCACUGACCACCGCGGAUCUUGCCAAGUCAUACGGUAUUGCCGUCACGGCUUCGUGCUCGGUGGCCCUCGGACUCAACGCAUUGGUGCCAAGGUUGAAAGUGACUCCUGCUACAAGAAACGUCCUGAGCAGACUGGUACCGUUUGCGGCCGUGGCAACUGCUGGAGCCCUCAACGCAUAUCUGAUGCGACGAGGAGAGAUUGUUACCGGCAUCGAUGUUCGCCCCGUUCUCUCCGAUGCGGAAAAGAAGAAGCUGACUGAGGAGGGAAAAUCCGAGGCGGACGUCCCAUCUCUGGGCAAGAGCCAGAAGGCCGCCAAGAUUGCUGUCUACGAAACUGCGGCCAGCCGUGUCAUCAACAACACUCCCAUCAUGAUUAUCCCUGCUAUGACCCUCUAUCACAUUCAGUUUAAGCAAGCAUGGUACAAGAACUUGAUGGAGAAGGAGUGGCUUAAGGCCCGACCGCGGAUCGCCCAGUCCAUUCCUAUUGGUAUCAACCUGGGCUUGAUUGCUGCUGUUGGCUUUAUGGCACUUCCUUUGGCAUUGGCGGUAUUCCCCCAGAGGCAGGCGAUUAGUGCCAGCAGCCUGGAACCCGAGUUCCAGGACAAGGGCGGACACGAUGGAAAGGUCUGGUUCAACCGCGGCCUGUGAAAAGCCAGCACUCUUGACGACACGAAUUAGCGAGGUGACAACAUUUGUGUGUUUCGGUACAUCUUUCGAGCGUUUAGAUCAGGCUCGUCAACUCGACGACAUGCCUUGUUGAGCAUACCCAGAUAAACUACACUUGGCUGCCGAGAAAUACAUCUCAAGACAUAGAUGGAUGCUUUGUCCAGGGGCAUCCAUUGGAGGAAUGGGCUGGGCAGGAUUUGGGAGGUGUCACAGAACCGACAUGUGCCUAGCCGCCUCAUUAUAAUGCCUAACUUGAAGAAGGCAGUGUUGGUAGAUGGCGCAAGGCUGAGCGCGUGGAAUUAUUGCCUAGACUUUAUGCGAGCUUUUUUUUUAUGCGUGUGUUCCUUUUUAG